GAAGUUUGUCUUGAAUAAAUUGAUGCGCCUUCUUGUCCAGUAUUGUUCAGGCACACUUCUCCAAAACUCCCAUUAGGCGCAAGUUUAUUCGUCUGUUCGGUUUUAAUCAGUCAUCUUUUAUGCCUUUUUUUAGUGGACACCCGUGGGCGGGGAGAAGCGCACUGUUUUGGGGGGAAGGGGAGUUUUUUUGUGAGCAGCAGUCUGACAGCGGGGUGGGCUGAAAGGGUCCGAUAGUCUAUUCGGGGGCGCAGACGGCGAGAGGGAACGCAACAGAGCGCACACACAAGCAAAUACCACGGAGCUGCGCUUCCCACAGGCACACUCUCCUUUUCUCCCUCAUCGCCCUGCACCUUCAAGUGGAUGUAUGCAACAGAUCUGUCUGUGGAAGACAAGCUCAGAAUUUGGGUUGAAAUGGUGUUUUUGUAGAACAGAAGAAGAGAGUAUUUUGUUUUGAUCAUUCUUAUUUACAAGACACGGAGGAUAUACGACAGACCGUUGGAGAGACCCAAGGAAAUACAAUGAGCUACGUAUAACGACAUUUUUCCAACUCUGUUUUGUGGAAGUACUGCCUUUUCCCCGGGCACUGAAUACCGGAGUGAAAAUGAAUCCAACCUCGGGGAACACAGCAUUUUGCACUUCUUUUCUGAAACUUCUUCUCUUGGCGACCUUAGUGCACUGCGGAUCGGGUGUGACUUUAAAAUACAAAGUUUACGAGGAACAGAGAGUGGGAACUGUAAUCGCAAGGCUGAAAGAAGAUGUGGCAGCUUAUCUAUCUAAACUCCCGAGGUCUAUUACUCCACUGUUCCGAGCCAUGCAAGGGGGAAGCACCCCGUUCCUUUCCGUAAAGGAGGAGGACGGAGAAAUCAGCGUUGGGACUAAAAUCGACCGGGAAAAGCUGUGUGAGAAAAACCUGAAUUGUUCUAUCGAAUUUGAUGUGGUCACCCUCCCAACCGAAUACCUCCAGUUGUUUCACGUCGAGGUGGAAGUGUUGGAUAUAAAUGAUAAUUCGCCGCAGUUUGCCCGUGCCAUCAUACCCAUCGAGAUCUCAGAGAGCGUUCCAGUGGGUACGCGCAUCCCCCUGGACAGCGCCUCGGACCCAGACGUGGGAGAGAACGCACUUCACACAUACUCUCUGACGCAAAAUAACUUUUUCAAAAUCGACAUUCGGACAAGGACAGAUGGCGCACGAUAUGCAGAGCUCGUUGUGAUUAGGGAACUGGACAGAGAAGUGCAGUCCAGCUACCAGCUGCAGCUGACCGCGUCCGACUCCGGCAUACCACCGAAGACCGGCACAACACUUCUCAAAAUCAGCAUAUCCGAUUCGAACGACAACAGCCCAGCUUUCGAUGAGCAAUCGUACGUCGUUAAUCUCUUGGAGAAUUCGCCACUGGGGACUCUGUUGGUCGACUUGAACGCCACUGACCCGGAUGAAGGGAGUAACGGGAAAAUUGUGUACUCUUUCAGCAGUCACGUUUCGCCUAAAAUCCUGGAGACGUUCAAAAUUAACCCCGACAACGGCCAAAUCACUCUCAUCAAGAAAGUGGACUAUGAGCAGACAGCCUCAUACGAAAUUGAUGUGCAAGCUCAGGAUAUGGGGCCUAACUCCAUCGCAGGCAACUGCAAGAUCAUCAUCAAAGUGGUGGAUGUGAACGACAAUAAACCUAAGAUUAACAUCAACCUCAUGACCCAGGGGAAGGAGGCCGUGGCCUACAUCUCCGAGGCUGCCCCCUUGGACACAUUCAUUGCCCUGGUGCGUGUGGACGACAUCGACUCUGGCCUCAAUGGGGAGGUGGUGUGCAGGCUCCAUGGCCACGGCCACUUCAAGCUCCAGAAGACCCAUGAGAAGAACUACAUGAUCCUGACCAACGUGUCCCUGGACCGGGAGAAGCGGUCGGAGUACAGCCUGACGGUGAUCGCGGAGGACCGUGGCUCACCCAGCCUCUCCACCAUCAAGCACUUCACCGUCCAGGUGCUGGACGAGAACGACAACCCACCAGUUUUUGAGAAGAGCCGGUACGAGAUCUUUAAGUCGGAGAACAACUCACCUGGGGCCUACCUGACCUCUGUGUUGGCCACCGAUCCAGACUUGGAUGGCAAUGGCCAGGUGACGUACACCAUCCUGGAGAGCCUCAUUCAAGGCAGCUCCAUCUCUACCUACGUCACCAUCGACCCGUCCAACGGCGCCAUCUACGCGCUGCGUAGCUUCGACCGCGAGGAUGUGAGCAGGAUCGUGUUCACGGUUCAGGCUCGCGAUAGCGGGAUUUCAACGCAGCUCAGUUCCAACGCCACAGUUAUCCUCAACGUGCUGGACGAGAAUGACAACCCGCCUGUCAUCGCCGCCCCCAUGUUCCACAACCACAGUGCCGACGUUCCUCUUUGGAGGUACGCCGAGCCGGGACACCUGGUGACGGUCAUCCAGGCGAUGGACCGCGAUGCCGGGGCCAACGCCGAGUUCAUCUGCUCCAUCACCGGCGGCAACCAGGAAGGCCUCUUCGUCAUGGACGCCAAACGCUGCGAGAUCCGUACCAACGCCAGCGUGGAUGGCUUGGGCCGCGAUGGGUUUGAGGUGGCAAUUCUGGUCCAGGACAGGGGCACUCCCAUGCACCUCUCCACCCGCGCCCUCCUCCGCAUCCACCUGCAGGAGAACCUGGAGAGCCACUCCCUUCCACCCUCUGACCAAUCACCGCUGGACGUCUCCAUGAUCAUCAUCAUCUCCCUGGGUGCCAUCUGCGCCGUGUUGCUGGUCAUCAUGGUGAUGUUCGCCACACGGUGCUCCCGUGAGCAGAAGGACCCCCGCCACUCAUACAACUGCCGCGUGGCCGAAUCCACCUACCAGAACCACCCGAAGAAGCCGGCCCGCCAGAUCCACAAAGGGGACAUCACGCUGGUGCCCACGGUGAACGGGACCCUCCCGGUGCGGGCGCACCACUGCUCGCCCUCGGCUUCGCCGGCGGUCGACCGGGGCCAGAUGGGCAGCAGGCAGAGCCAUCACAGCCGCCAGUCCCUCAACAGCCUGGUGACCAUCUCCUCCAAUCACGUGCCAGAGAGCUUCGCCCUGGAGCUGGCUCAUGCCACGCCUCCUGUGGAGCAAGUCUCACAGCUUCUGUCCAUGCUCCAUCAGGGCCAGUACCAACCGAGACCCAGUUUCCGUGGAAACAAAUACACCAGGAGCUACAGGUACGCUCUAAAUGAGAUGGACAAGUUCAGCCUGAAGGACAGUGGACGGGGGGACAGCGAGGCCGGGGACAGUGACUGUGAGAUGGGCCGCGAGUCCCCACUGAUGGGGGAGGGUUUCAAUGAGCUGUUCACCCCUGAUGGCCAGCCUAGACUACACCCAGCCAUGAAACUGUGCACGGAUGAAUGUCGCGUCCUGGGCCACUCCGACCAGUGCUGGAUGCCUCCCCUGCCUUGUCCCGCAUCCUCCGACUACCGUAGCAACCUGUACAUCCCGGGCGAGGAGAACCCCCAGCAGCCGGCCGCCCCUGAGGCCCCCCAGCCCAGCGAAGCGGCCCAGCGCAAGAAGAGCUUCUCCACCUUCGGUAAGGAGGCGUCGGGGGAGCGCGUGCCCGAGGGCGAAGAGGCUGAGGAGGCGGGCGGGGUGGAGGACAUUUGCGGCACGACCUCGCUGCUGUCAGAGAUGAACAGCGUUUUCCAGAGGCUGCUCCCACCCUCGCUCGACUCGUACGGCGAGUGUAACGAGACCGCAGCGGAGCGACCGCAGAUGCCCCACGGCGGCCCCGUGGGCAUGGGGUCUCUGGAGAGGAGGAAGGGCCACCUCCCCGGCAAGCCCAGCGCGGCCUGCUACCAGCAAGGCGUGGCCGCCUGGGCAGCCAACACACACUUUCAGAACCCGGGCCACGCUCCGGGGAGUCACAUGAGCACGCUGGCACCACCCCUGUCGGCGACCGUGCCAAUCGGUGCCCUGGUGGCACCCGUCUCGGCAGCCCCGCCACCAGCCUCCUCCAAGUGGCUGCCAGCCAUGGAGGAGAUCCCAGAGAACUAUGAGGAGGACGAGUUCGAGUCGGUGUUGGGCCACCUGCAAGGCAAGCGGGCCGACAGCCGCAGCGAGAUCAUGGACGCCAGUGAGCUCGUGGCUGAAAUCAACAAACUCCUGCAGGAUGUGAGGCAGAGCUAGAACCAAGGCUCUGUAUACUCCCUAAUCCUCAGCCAUGUGACUCUAUUCAUCUCCUCUGUCUCUUGUUCUGUCUUUUUUUCUCUCACUUCCCUGUAUUGCCAGAGGGGGAGCUGUGGUCUGAAAAAAAAAGUAAAACAGAAGAAGUAACUGAAGAACAGGACCUGCAAUUGUCGUUAAAGUUGCAAUUCUGAUGUAUCGUGUUUUGGUGAAUGCUAAUUAUCCAAAUAAUGUUUGUAUUUUCUUGUUUGGUACACAGUGUACACAGUGUGAGUGUAUUUAUCUUUGUAUUUUAAAAAUACAAUUUGUAUUCUUUAUAUUUAUAAAAAAAACUGUAAAUAACUUUAAACAAUCAGAUGUCUAUUUUUAUAUUUUGAAUGCAUGUUGACAAAAGUAAUCAAAAAGACAUGCUUCUGUAAAUCUUCAUAUUUAAGUACUUUAUGUUUUUAUGUCAGUUAUAUAUAAAAUUAUAUAAGUAUAUGUUGAGCUAGGGCACACUAUAAUUAUGUUUUGUUUUGGGAUGGGAAGCACAAAUGAACUAUGAAGUUUUUUAUAAAUGGAGCAUGUUGGGUUUUGUAUGCUGUAAAUGGUGUAUUCUUCAUGUAUUGUGUCAUAACUUAUAUUUAAUGUUUGGUGGAGAGCAAAAAAAUAAAGCUACAUGC